UUGUUUCAGUCAAUAGAGCAAUUGGUGGAUGUUAUCAAAAAAGUCCGAGACGUCGUCGCCUUCGAGAAUAUUAGAAAGAAGAAUCCUCGCAUUAACGAAGCGUUCCAGCGUACGAGAGAGUUUUUUGAGACAAUACGGCAGGAAUAUUUGGACUUCAUCAACAGUACAACUUCCGACAAUCCGGAACACCUGGCGAUGUGGUACACACGAGCAGCUCGAGUUGAGUUAGAAAUGCCAAUGAGAACCCACAAGUUUUUCGUUGCUGAGCACCUCUACUUCGUUGCCAGAGACUAUCUUAACUGCACAGAGAACUGGAUAAUGGGUAUCGAUAACCGCGAGAAGGCGUUCUGCCUAGCUCGUGCAUGGGGAGUUGCAACAGGUGCAAUACCAAUGCCAACCAGGUUGGCUCAGUUCCUUCAUGAUCUCCGAAGUCUCAACGUGAGCGUCGUGAAUGACCGGGUUUACGUUAGACCCGCCUACGCUCUCUUUCUUCUGAAUACCACAAACGAUGCUUUGCUGGUCAGUUCCCUUUCGAAAUCACAUGGCAAGUAA